AUGUCCAUCCCUAUCGCAGCCGCUGUGGAUUACAAAGGCAGAGACCGUCCGUCCGAAGGACCUGUCGCAACUCUCGUGGCCAAAGAUGACCCUACCAUCGACCGCAGUGUGACUCUCCGCUGCAUUGGUGACUGGGGCCACGCCAAUUUCCAUCGGGUCAUGGCAUUCAUCACACAAGAAUUCACCGAACGCUGCGGCCCAACCAGCAAGACCUGCAUUUGGAGCGUGGCAGGUGGUGGCAUGGAAAUCACGGAUUCUAUCUCUUCAGGAUUCGCCGACAUUGCCAUCAACACGCCUGUCAAGUUGCUCAAGAAUGCCUUGACCGGAACAGGUCCUUGGGAAUCGCGAGGCCCGGCGCCACAUUUGAGAGGCAUAGCGACGAUUCCUCAAGAUGAUCGAAUGCUCUUUGCAAUUGAUCCGUCUCUGGGUUGCAGGUCUUUUGCGGAUAUUCGACAAAAGAAACCCAAGCUCAAGAUCAUAUUGGGGCCAGAUGGGGAAAGCCCGAUUGGCUAUGUCUGCCAUCGCUACCUGGAGGCACAUGGAGUCUCGGUCAACACCAUCAAGUCUUGGGGCGGCGAGGUGGUGUAUGCUAACCGGCCUGAGGAGUGUCUCGUUCCGUGCCAGGACCCAAGUCUUGGCUUCAAUGCCGUUAUCAACGAGGCCUUGAUGACAGACUGGUGGGUCCAGUUGAUUGAUGGCCCUCGUGGUUUUCUUCCAAUGCCUGCCGAGCCCGAAGCAUUGACAAUCAUCGAAAAGACGACUCCCGGGCUACCAGCGUCGACAAUUCCUGCCGGGUACUGGAAGAGUCUCAAGGAGGAAAUUCCAGCCCUCGAGUUCCUCGACUUCAUUCUCAUGUGUCGUGAUGACUUGCCAGAGGAUGUGGCCUACCUCAUCACUUGGAUCUUGGUGGAGAAGAAAGCCAAGAUCGAGGUCCAGUUUCACGGUUUUCCGGGAAACAAGGCGCCGAUUUGUUGGCCCAUAGACCCAAGAGAAAUGGCCAAAACGGUCUUCCCAUUGCAUCCCGGAGCUGAGAGAUUCUACCGCGAGCAUGGAUAUUUGGAUUGAGGGUGCAUAGAAGGUGGAUAGGUAGAGGGGGUGCAUGCAUUGCAUAGUGUUCAGGAAUAAGUCUGCCAAGCACCGUGAGCUUCAAGAACAGUACUGCUUCAAAAAUGUUGACAAUUGCGACAUCCAACAUUCCCGAAUAGGUUGGGG